AUGACUGGUCAGACCCCUAAAGGUCUACCGGCUGAGGUAACCAAAGAUGUCCCAUCGGGUCUGUCCGGAUUGCCAUUUGCAGGUCUGAAGCCAGCAGGGAAGGAGAAAGCAUGUGAAGCAUUCAAUGGAACUCAAAAUCAACAUUCGGAACGGCCCGUACCAUCAGAAAAGGAGACAAGCGAGUCAAUAUUUGUGAACAAGGAUCAAGAGCCACCUAAAGAAGAAAUCCCUAGUGGCCCUCCCAUACAGCUCAUUGCGGAAACGAUCUGGAAUGAAGCCUACGACAAACUCAGGAAUGAUGAAUCCAAGAAAUCCUUGGUGGAGGAAUUCGAAACUAUUCUACAGAGGGAGAGAGAACUUCUCAAGCUGGAUAUAAACCACAUUGGCUCAAGCUUUGCAAAGAACAUGGUCAAAUGGGAUGAGUGGGACGGUAUGAUUGCGAGUAUCAAAGAUGCUGAAAAAGAACCCGACCAGUAUAUUUCUGCCGACAUGACCGGGGCUUCCCAACAAAAAUUCAAAGAAAUAAAUGCAAAGAUGGCGGUGAUCAUUUACCUCUUUCAAGGGAGCAAGAUGGUCUUUUGA